GGAAGAAUGUCAAGAUCAGAUUAAUAAAUAUCCUAAUUCUAAGUUUAAAAGGUUCUAUACAUUAGAAGAAGCACAGGAUUUUAUUUCUGGUAUUGAAAAAGAACAAAGUUAUUACGCAGUUCGUAUUGGCCGAAAACCUGGAAUCUAUAGAACUUGGUUAAUAUUGCCUUAUGCUAUUCUACAUUCAUUACUAUUAAUAUAUUCAUGUCAAAUAAUCUGCUAUUUUACCAUUUCAUUGGGUUUUAGGGGAGAAUGUCAAGAUCAAAUUCGCAAAUAUCCUUAUCCUAG